GCUGCUGUGUCUCAGUUGGAUACCGUUGAAUCGACUAUGUCUCACACUGUGACUCUCAGCGGUCCUUCGCCGUGGGGUUUUCGGCUGGUGGGUGGACGGGACUUCAGCUCACCACUCACCAUCUCCAGAAUAACACCUGCGAGUAAAGCAUCACUGAGCGACCUGUGCCCGGGAGACACCAUCCUGACCAUCAAUGGAGACAGCACAGAGAGCAUGACACACAUGGAGGCCCAGAACCGCAUCAAAGCCUGCACAGAUCAGCUUGUGCUGGUUAUCAGCAGAUCUGGAAGAGUUUGGUCUCCAACUGGAAUAGAAGAAAACAAGAGCAGUUCAUACAGUGGCACACUGGAGGCUGAAUCACAGAUCUUCCGACCAAUCAGCAGUGGCUAUAGCCCCUUUCCCAAGAGCCCCUCCCCCAAGAGUCCCAUUACCUGCGGCGUGCCCUACAAUAAUGGAAACUCAAGACCUGUGUACAACAAUCCAGCUGGGCUAUAUUCACACAACAAUGGCAACGGUGCCCUACCAAAGCAGAUGGCAUGCCUCAGUCUGUGCUCUCCAAAUAGCCCUGAACCGCCAGUGAAUUCAUCAGGCAGUCGCAACGGGUUCGACACACAGUCAGAUGUGUACAGGAUGCUUCAGGACAAUGAGGAACCGGUGUCAGCUCCCAAACAAUCUGGCUCCUUUAAAUACCUGCAAGGAAUCCUGGAAGCCGAGGAUGGAGGGAUUUCUCCAGUAGAAAGACACUCAGUAAGAGGCUUGCGUUCUCCAGUCAAAUCUCCAGGGCCAAAACAGGGCAGCCCCAUCAGCGCUCCUCUCACGCCCAUCCCUGGACUACAGAAGCUGCCCCAGUGCACGCGCUGUGCCAAUGGCAUUGUGGGAACCAUCGUGAAGGCCAGAGACAAGCUCUAUCAUCCUGAUUGUUUCAUGUGUGAUGACUGUGGGCUCAAUCUAAAGCAAAGAGGGUAUUUCUUCAUUGAUGACAAUCUGUAUUGUGAGACCCACGCCAAGGCGCGCGUGCAGCCUCCUGAGGGUUAUGAUGUGGUGGCCGUGUACCCUAACUCCAAAGUGGAACUGGUGUGAACAUAUACCUUAACAUAUAACACAAACACACUCACAAGCUCUUGGGCAAGGAUUCGACAUGACCAACCCAGUCCUGCAAUCCAGAAAGUUGAGACCGCUCAAGUUCAUGUUCUGUUUUUUUUAACCUGCUGUGUUGUCACUGAACUCAAAAGAAGAGCUGUUUUCUAGGCCAGCAGCACUUUUUCCAAUGUUAGAAAGCCAACCACAUUCUUGCAGAGCGAUUCUGCUGUUGUUUUAAGGAGGAAAAAUGGAAACGUAAGGUAACUAAACCACGACCCAGAUACUUUGAUGAACAUCUGUUCACCUAAAUUCCAGUGGCACUCCAGAGAUUUGUUGUUCUGAAAGAUGUGAUGGACUGAUGUGUUCAAAAAGGCCAUGAAAAUGCCUCAAGCCAUAUGGAAAAUGGAAAUGGAAUUCAUUUAUUCAGAAAGUUUGGGACAUUGUGUUUAUUCUUUGGCUAAGAAGUGUAUUAUUUCGUUAGCAUUGGUUACCAAAUCCAACUUCAUCUUUCCUGUAAACUUUAGUAAGAGACAGUAGAAAUGGAAAACUUUCUAAGUUUGUGUGUUUGCUAGAUCAAUUGGUUGGCUUUAAGCAGAUUUAAAAACAAAACAUACUCUAUGCAAGUAUGUGAGUGCAAACUCUAGCUACGCAAGCUCAAUUUCAAGUGUCAUUGUGUUAAGAAAUGUAACACAACUAUGAGUUGCAUUCUCGGAAGUACAUAAAUGCAACUGCUUCUAGUACAAUGUUGGGUGUAAUCUAAUUACAACAUAAUUAGUUACUGUACUCUAAUUACUUUUUAGUCAAAAGUAGUGUAACAUGACAUUUUAAAAUCUAGUAAUCAGAUUACAGUUACUUUCAAUUAAGUGAAUUACUAGUAAAGUAAAUAAAGUAAUUAGUAAUAUGAUUACUUUUUUAUUAAGUAACCAGUAUAGUAAUCUCAUUACAAUAUUUAUAGAGGUUAUUUGUAGUGUAUUAUUUUUGAGUAACUUGGCGCUGUUCUGUUUCAUGUAUCAUGUUCUGGAAUGCAUCAUAAUCGAACGCAACUAAACAUUGCAUUCCCAGAAGGACAUGAAUGCAAACUCUUCUAACAGCACAAGCUUGAUUUCAUAUGUUGUUGCAUUCUGCACAUUCCACCUUUUAUAAUGUAUUUUCUUCUUUCCUUUAGUUAGUAAAUACUCUAGCACACACUCAUCUGUCAACAUGUUCAUAGCUAGCUACAUGAAAAAUAACACAUUGUGUUUAAUGGCCUAGACCAGGGGUCGGCAACUUAUGGUGUGCGUGCCAGCAUUGGCACGCGGAGGGGUAAUCACUGGCACGCCAGCAACUGCAAGAGAGGAGUAGACUAUUUUAUUUAUAUAUUUUCCGCUCCUGCAUUCCAAUCUACAUCUUGAUGUAAUCCUUCCUCAUGAUCACGCAGCGUGUUUUCAUCAGCUGAAUGAGAGACUAUACACUAUUAAUGUGUGACGAGACUCUCGCUGCGCAUGCAAGCCAUUUGUGCAUCACAAGCCGGCAGCGCUUCACGUUCGGUUAAUUGCACGAGUAAACGCGCCCACUUUGCUUCGUCAGGUUGCACGGAUGGCAGCCUACAUUCCGUGUUUCAUUUGUUUCUUUUUGCUUUCAGAACAACACGUGAUGUAAUAAGGAAAACACCACUAUUAAUCCUUGAGAUUUCCAACCCAGCAUACAGGUACACCCUCCUUAAACCAUAGUCACACUCAAAAUUACAUUAAACGAUUAGAGAAAACAUAAACCCACAUCGUGCGGUUCAAAUGUUUAUUCAAAAUAUAAAUUAAACCUGGAAAUAAAGUUUUAGGAUUUUGCAGAUGUGAUUCACCAAAAAGGGCUAAAUAGUUGAUCGGCUUGUGAUGCGCGAAUGGCAGCGAGAGUCUCCUCACACUUUAGCCUCCCAUUCAGCUGAUGAAAACACGCUGCGUGAUCAUGAGGAAGGAUUACAUCAAGAUGUAGAUUGGAAUGCAGGUGUGAAAAACUUCUUAUAAAUAAAACAGUCUGCUCCUCUCUCACUGUUGCUUGCAUACUACAAGAUUACAUGAUUACAAUGACAUAAUAUAAGAAAUAUUUAAGAUUCCACACAAUUUCGUGAUCAGUAAUCAAAUAAGCAAAUUUGUGACAUUAACUGUAAUUCAUUUUGUACAAAAGGACAGGUUUUCUUUCAUUAAAGCACUUAAGAUGCUCUGUGAAAAUUCACAUGCAGGAUCAUGAUUAUAUCAUAAUCAUCGGGUUUUGCACAAAUUUUUCACUCAAACUGUUAUGCUGAUAAUAUCACUUGUAAUGAAAUAUAAACAAUGAAAUUAGAAAAAUGUAAAAUAGAAACAUUUUCACAAGUGGACACAUAAAUGACCUUUUUUUUUCUUUUUCGGCACAGCCAUUGAUUGACCAGGAAAAUAACAAUUGGCACUCCAAGUCAAAAAGGCUGCCGACCCCUGGCCUAGACAUUUGAAGUGAACUUUAUCGCCCCCUUGAGUUUUGAUGUUCGUUACCACCACAGUAAGACAAGAAUGCUUGUUAUAUGCAAUAGGACCAUGUGCUUACAAUGCAUUGACUAAGCAGUUGCAUCUAUGUUUGCACACUUGCCUAGAGUAUGUUUCUAACCUUUUUAACAAAUGUAAACGAUUUUUUUUUUGGUUUUUUUUUUGGUUUAGAUGGCUACUUUGUUUUAUCAACAAAACAGAUAAAAAAACAGAUGAAAGAUUACUUAUGUAGGGAUGAUUUUUUUUGUUUGUUUGUUUGUUUUUGGCUUUUCUUUACCACAGAGACUGCAGAGAUUUGUUGAUGCUUUUGUACAUUCUGUAAAAAAUAACAAAUGUUAGUUUUUCUAGUUUCUUUUGAAUUACAUAAACGUGUGCCUUUUUUUUAAAACUCAUAACACAUUAUAUCACUGCCUCCUUGUACUAAGAGACAUUUGUAAAUAAUUUGGAUUCUAACAGAUUGUUAAUCUUUUAAAUGACAAGGAACUAAAAAGAAAUAUUCACCGUCAAAGCUCUGUGAAACACAAAAAGAUAGGUUUUCAUUUUCAUCAUCUUUUCCAUAUAACAAAAGUGAUCGGUGACGGAUGCUGUCGAGCUACAAAAAUGUGAAAAAAUAAAUAAAUAAAAUAUAAUAAAAGUAAAUCAUAUAACCAGACUCAAAAUCUAAUCAUUAUUCUCUGAGAAUCUUCCCUUGCCCUUUCAAAUCUUAUUAUUGUUUGUGCCCAUUCAAAUAUGGUUCAUCAAGACACAGACUGCUCUUACAGUGAAAUCGGAAACAGUAGGUUGACUUUUGUUAAGCUGAAAUCGGUCUGUGUUUACCAAAAUUUGAGACACUUCCCCCAGUGGCCAAAGCAGUAAGUGUUGUUGGGCAUAUGUGUGAGCUCCAUUUUCCAUGUAUAAUGUCCACAGAGGGGUGCCGAAAGCGAGUUGUGAAGUGAGUUGUUUUCAGCUGUACAGGCUGUGACAGAGUGAAGAGGAAUGCAUAUUUUAUAAACUGAACACCCAAACUCCAAACCUAAACCUAACCAUCAGUGGAGGAAAAAUUUUAUAUUAGAGGGGAAAAUGCAACUUCUUAAUCAUGCUUGUUGCUGAAUAUGAGAACGUGAUUACUUCCUGGUUAUGCAGGAUCUGAACCUGGGUUUCCAACGCUCCUGACACAAAGCAUUUCUAGUCACACCACUGGAGAAAUUAAACACACUGGAGCCGAUGCAAAAAUGUCUGAUGGAAGAUGGCGCUUGUCAAUAAGUCGGCACAAUGUGGCCAGUCCAACAUGCCGACUUUCCAUGUGAUCAAGCUGGUUAAUGCCAUUGACAUGACUGACAAUAAACAUAAUUGAUUUUUGAGUGUCUUGUGUCCAAUAAUCAGUAAGUGAUAACUUCAAUUUAAAUCUGUUCAUCACAAAAAGCUUUUGUAUGGCAUCAGAAGACUUGCAAAUAAUAGGCAUAUGGGCUACUUUUAUGUUUUGUUUUGUUUUUGAGCUUGACAGCCAUUGUCACUAUGAACUGUCAUAAUAAGGAAAAGAGAGAAAAAAACCUCCUUUUGUGUUUCACGGAUGAAAAAAAGGCAUAUGGAUUUUUUUAGUGACAUGACAGUGAGUAAGUGAUGAGAGAAUUUUCAUUUUUUGGUGAACUAUACCUAUAAAACCUUUUACUUUCA